AUGCUACGAUCUUUAGAACAAGCUUUGGAUCAGGCAGAGUGUAUCAUUGAAAGUGCCCAACAGAGACCCCCUAAAAGGAAUUACUCAUCUGAUGGGGAAAAAUCUCUCCAUGAAAAAUUGGAAAAAUUAUAUGACAUAUAUGUUGAAGAAUGCAAAAAGGAGCCUGAGGAAAUACAGGAAUUAAAAACCAAUGUGAACUUACUAGAGAAGUUUGUUAAGAGAGAGCCACUGCCCUGUUUAAUUGUAAACCUAUUCCCAGGAAAAGAUGGUUAUUCACUGAUGCUGAAGGACAAAAAUGGGACUUGUUCAGAGUACAUACACCUGCCUUAUGAAGAAUCAGAAUUGCUUGACUACUUGGAUGCAAAACAAUUACCUCCUAUUUUGGUGGAUCUCCUGGAUAAGUCUCACAUUAAUAUUUUUUACUCUGGAUGUGUCAUAGCAGAAAUCAGGGACUACAGGCAGUCAAGCAAUAGGGUGCCUCCAGGCUUCCAAAGUAGGCAUAUUCUCUUACAACCAACCAUGCAGACUUUAGCCUGUGAUGUACAGUCAAUGACCAGCAAUAGCCAGUUAUGGUCUCAGGAAGACAAACUAGUGCUUGAGAGCCAGCUGCUCUUAGCAACAGCCGACCCGCUGUGUCUUGACCCUUCUGUAGCAGUUGACUGCACUGCAAACCGACUGCUCUACAAUAAGCAAAAGAUGAACACUCACUCAAUGAGAGGAAGCCUCGAGAGGUAUUCUUCUUCCUCUCUUAGUAGGCAGGAGGAGUUGUCUGGUUGCUCAUCUCCUCCUGAGCUAAGCAUGGUGAAUAACUGCAAAAGAAGCAAACAAAAUAGAGCCGUCUCACAGUAUGAUCUCAAAAUUUCUAGGGCAAGUAUCUGUGUAGAUACUUGGAAACAGAGACCCUGUGACUUUGCUGUCCCUUCUGAAGUAGCUGUGGAGAAAUACGCAAAAGGCAGGACAAGUAUCUCAAAACCAGCUGCCUGGCCAGCCCAUGAGGUGGAAGAUAAUUCUGGAUUUGGAUGUAAAACUGGCCAACAGUCUUGGAAAAUCAAGUCGAUCUUGAUGCAGUCAUCUAAUGACCCACCUUUCUCUGGGAUAGUAUAUACAGAAGCCAGAUGUGAGACACCACUGUCUCCAGCCCACUCCACUGAUGACCAUUCACAUGGUAUUAUGCCGGAGUCUAAGAUGGACACUAGGAGCAUGAUCAAUUGGCCUGAGGAGUUAGCCUUGAAGGAUAGUCUAGUUAGAGACUCCACUAGCUCUGGUGUCUCUGCUGGUCAACUUUCCCAAGGAAGUGAAAGAGUACAUUUUGAGCCGAUGCUGAUUUCCAGUUCAAUCCUGGAGAAGGAAAAUAACUUUUAUGAUCUACCUAUGACACUUCUUUCAAGCUCUGAAGACAGUUCUUCAUACAUCCUCUGUGGAAGUGAACAGAGUCCAGGUGACUCCUGCAGCUUCCCUGCCAAAGUCAUCAGUCAUAUCAUCACAGACAAGCCAGGCUGUGACUUCUGUCACCAUACCAAGUAUCCUGGUCCUGUCUACAGAUACCAUCUGUGUCCACUAUCAAAUCCUUACAAAGAUCUCUGGUCCUGUCUACUGAUGUCAUCCAGAUAA